ACCCAGCGCAGCCCUGGCCAAACUGCGGACCUGCCAGCUCUUUGCACGAGGGUCUUCCUCAGUCCUCCUUCCUCGCGGCUUUCUCCUUCCCCUCUUCUCUAUAUCUCUCCCCUCUUUACCCCUCAACUUUCUUUCUUUCUUUCUUUCCUUCUUUCUUUCUUUCUUUCUUUCUUUCUUUCUUUCUUUCUUUCUUUCUUUCUUUCUUUCUUUCUUUCUUUCUUUCUUUCUUUCUUUAUCAUCUUCUCCCCCUUGGUUCCCUCUUUGCCCGUCUCUCCUCCUUCCCUUCCCUCUGUCCCCUCUUUGGAAUUAUUCCUCUAGCUCACCAUUUCACCUUUCCUCUGCUUCCUUCACUCUCCCUCUCUUUCCUCCCUUUCUUCAUUCUUUCUUCCAUUCCCUUCAUUCCAUUAAACUUUUCCCUCUCUCUCUUUUCAGCUGCUCUCUCUCUCUCUCUCUCCACCUGUUCCCCCCCUCCCUCUCUCUCUCUCUCUUCCCUACUUUCCUCCCCUCGGGACAUUUCCGGACUCCCCUUGUGUUUUUUUGUUUUGUUUUCCAAUUAUUAUUAACUCCACACCUUCAAUCCCCGCCUUGACCUUGACUUUGGAUUUAAACUUAUUUCCCAAAAGAAGAAGGGCAAGCCUUUAGCGAAAGAAAAGACGACUCUCUGUGUCAUCUCAAGCGGGAUUUGAACUCUCCACAGAGAUGCCAGCUGGUUUCCAGCAGAUACGGAGAGAGGACGAGGAUGAGGAAGGAGAGGAAGAUGCGGGGAGUGGGAUAACCUUCACCUUAAUCUUGUCCGUCUUCACAGCCGUGUUGGGGUCCCUGCAGUUUGGAUACAACAUUGGAGUCAUCAACGCACCGCAAGAGAUCAUCGAGCAGAACUACAAUGCUACUUGGCUACACCGCAACGGGGAGUAUAUCGAUCCCAACACCCUCAAAACGCUCUGGUCCCUGUCGGUCGCCAUCUUUUCCAUCGGCGGAAUGAUCUCUUCCUUCAUGGUGGGCGUUGUCUCGGAAUGGCUCGGCAGGAAGAGGGCGAUGAUUGUGAACAAUGGCUUGGCCUUCCUCGGUGGCGGUUUCAUGGGCCUGGCCAAACUCGGCAAGUCCUACGAGAUGAUGAUUAUCGGACGGUUCCUGAUUGGGGCUUUCUCAGGAUUUGCUUCGGGAAUUGUGCCCAUGUACGUGGGCGAAAUCUCCCCUACCAACCUGCGUGGGGCGCUGGGCACACUGAAUCAGCUGGCCAUUGUCACCGGAAUCCUCAUUGCCCAGGUGUUUGGUCUGGACAGUCUUCUGGGCACGAGUGAGCUGUGGCCCCUCUUGCUGGGUAUCUCGGUGGUCCCUUCCAUCCUCCAGCUCCUGAUGUUCCCCUUCUGUCCCGAGAGCCCUCGAUACCUCUACAUCAUCCGCAACAAGGAGUCCAAGGCCAAAGAAAGUCUCAAGCGGCUGACGGGCCAGGCGGACGUGACCGCGGCUCUGACGGAGAUGAAGGAGGAGAAGCGGCGCAUGGAUUUGGAACGCAAAGUCUCCAUCGCGCAGCUCUUCCGCUGCCGCAUCUACCGCCAGCCCCUGUUGAUUGCAGUGGUCUUGCAGCUCUCGCAGCAGCUCUCCGGUGUCAACGCGAUAUUCUAUUACUCAACUGACAUCUUCAAAAAGGCCGGCUUGGACAAACCCAUCUUCGCCACCAUCGGAGCUGGCGCCGUGAACACAGUGUUCACCGUCGUUUCGGUGUUCCUGGUAGAGCGAGCCGGCAGGCGGACCUUGCAUAUGCUGGGAUUGGCGGGGAUGGCUGUGUGUGCCAUCCUUAUGACAGUGGCCCAGGGCUUGACGGACCGCGUGCCGGCAAUGAGCUACCUCAGCAUGGUGGCCACUUUCGGCUUCGUGGCUUUCUUUGAGAUCGGCCCGGGUCCCAUUCCCUGGUUCAUCGUGGCGGAGCUCUUCAGCCAGGGUCCCCGCCCGGCUGCAAUGGCCGUGGCCGGCUUUGCCAACUGGACUUGCAACUUCAUCAUUGGGAUGAGCUUCCCCUCGAUCGAGGGAGCUCUCCACUCGUACGUCUUCCUCAUCUUCGCAGCCCUUCUCUUCGUAUUCUUGAUCUUCACGUACAUCAAGGUGCCCGAGACGCGAGGGCGAACCUUUGACCAGAUUGCCGCUACAUUCCGACGGACGCCGUCUUUGCUAGAACGAGAGAUCAAGCCAUACACGGAACUGGACGAACUGAGCCCAGACGCCCAUGAAUGAGAGGAAGCCUUGGGGUGGGUGGGGGUUUUGGGCAGGUGGAGAACCCUAGCGCCCCAAAGACAUGGCAGAUGUGGACUGUGGUGUUCAGGGUGGCUGGCAAGAGCUCCCAGGAUCUGCCUAGCACUUUAAUUUCUUUGUUUCUUUGUUUUCAUUAGGUCAGUUUUUUAGAAAGGAAGGAAAAGCAUUAAUAAAAAGCAGGUUGAUGGAUUGGGGUCGGGAGUGAGGGACGCAAGGCCCCUCGCUCCGCUUCCUUUGUUUCGGAGGACAAGAAGCUUGUGGUGUUGAGCCAGGAGCCACGAGUUCCGAUUCUGUAAAUAAAAGGAUCAUGGGGAAUUUGCACAGAGAGCAGAUGCCCUCGGAGGCCGGCGUGCUAUCGAGACCCAGGAAAUGCAGUCUCCCCAAAAGCAAAGUUCAAAGGCAGAGGCUGAAUCUGAAAAGGGGACAGUGGACGGUGGGGUGGAAGUAAUUCCGAGGACAGCGACUAAAUUAAUCUGCUCUCCGAUAUUCGGGUUAUUUAUAUGUUGACUCCAUUUUCACAUCGAGCCAGGGCUCAGCCCUGACUUACAAAAGCAGUUGUUGCAGCUGAGAAAAGAGUGCCGCAGAGCGUGUGCUGAGUUCUUUUCCGCUCACACCCUAAGGAGCCACACUCAGGCCUGUCCCAUCACCCACUUUGAGGGUGUGGGGAGGGGUCAGAGCUUUUAGGUCCGAGGGCUGACCCAUCUCCUCCUAGAAAUUAAGAACUGGAGGGUGGGAGUGAAUAAUGGAUUCAAACUACAAGAAAGAAGAUUCCACCUGAACAUUAGGAAGAACUUCCUGACAGUAAGAGCUGUUCGGCAGUGGAAUUUGCUGCCAAGGAGUGUGGUGGAGUCUCCUUCUUUGCGCCUCUUGGAGGUCUUUAAGCGGAGGCUUGAUGGCCAUCUGUCAGGAAUGCUUUGAUGGUGUUUCCUGCUUGGCAGGGGGUUGGACUGGAUGGCCCUUGUGGUCUCUUCCAACUCUAUGAUUCUAUGAUUCUAAAAACAUCCUUGGAUGUUCAUGGUGAGGCAUUAUGGUCAGUAGUGACGUUGCUGGGGUCUCAAACCCCCCCAAAACCCCACUUUUGCCUGCGCCGUGGUUGCCUAGCAAUAGCAGCAAUGGCUGCCCUGGCCGUGCUUAGCAACCACCGUGUGUAUUCCCUAAACACUCCUCUGUUGAGGACUCUGUGGCAGGCUGAAGUAGGGCAGGGGGGUCAGAAUACAGCUCAGAACGGGAAGUAGGGGUGCAGACUGAGGCCCCGUUCCCUCCAUGCACUUUAAUCAGUGUUUGGUUAUGGGAACUGUAGUUUGCUAAUGGUGCCGAGUCAUUGGAAGUCCAUUCCCAGAGUGGUUUAACAAUUCCUCUUCAUGGAGGACUCCGGGAACUGUAGUUCCGGGACAGGGACUUUUUUGGGGGGGGCGUCUCCUAAUGAUGCUCAGCAUCUGUUACAAACUACAGCUCCCAGGAUUCUUUGGGGGCAGCCAUGACUGUUUAAAUUGUUAUCACUUGUGUUUUCAACAUAGUGGGUGCAGAGAGGAGGGUGUCACCCGUUCUCCAGCUUUGAAUGUCAAGGCCAUCUCGACAGAUGCGCCCAACAGCUUAUUCUCCCGUUCUGGAACUCCCUCCCGCGAGGAAUAUUAUUUAUACCACCAGCAAGGCCACUUGCGGAGGACGUCACAGCAAUUGCUUCCCCCCCCAGAACACCCCGGGAAUUAACUUUUCUAGCGGUAUUGAGUUUUCUUUGGCAGACCUGCCUGGGUCUCAUGGUUCCUUUGGUUAGCGUGUCGGCGCAGAGGCGCAAAGAAAUGCAACCGCCACACGCCAUGAAUAAACCAAGAGGUCUCACUGUGAGCAGAAUCUAAAGUUACACGGGUGGACUUCCUCUUGUGCAACGGGAUUUCACCUCCCUCCAUCUACUCCAGAGGGUCCUGCAAACCUUCCAGAGCAGAUUAUGAGGAAGCAGGGAGAAGAUGGUGACAUCCCAUCAUGGAAGCCUGUUGCUCUCUCUCGAGAGCGCAUGGACAGCGCAUAGAACCCUGUGGUUUAUAGGGCUCUAUGGAUGCUCCAUAGCAGUUCAAAAAAGGCCACCUUGUGUGAAGAAGGGAAUCUGUGGCAAGGAUUUCCCCUUCCUUUAUUUCAAUGUGGCUUGCUUGCAAGUUAAGGGUCGUAUAUUUU